AUAAUAAAUAAUGAGCAUUAGAUUAUAAGACAUGAGGUUAUUUAUUGUAAAAGAUGAAUAACCUAUAAAAAUUGAAUUGAAAUAAAAAGAUGACAUUCUUUUUAAUUUAGUGACUAAAGCAGGUUUAUAUCUAAAAAUAAUUGUUUAGAUCGAUCUCCAAUUAAUAUUUUGGUUCCAGUUAUUGAAGGAAAUUAACCUAUAACAAUAAAAGUAAAUGAUAACGAAGCUUAAAUCCUUCCUGACAAUCUUGAAAUGUAAUAAACAUAUAAAUUACUACUUCAAAAUGGGUAACUUAAUUAAGAACCUAUCUAAUCUGGAGAUGUUUUUGCAUUAUCAUUUAAAGUUCGAAGUGGUAAUACAAACACAUAAGGAGUUACAGGUAAUUCUGCAUUGAAUGGAUCUACUCUAUCAACUUUAUAAUUAUCUUAAUUGAGACAUAAAUUGAUUGAAUAAGGAAAAGGUACUUCAAUGUAUUAAUCUGCAUCUUCACUAAGACACAGUAUACCUGAAGUAUCUAUUAGUAAAGCUUAGAGGUAAAUUAUUUGAUUAUUUUAGAUUUGAUAAAGACUCUACUCUUAAAACUGAGUUCAAUUAUACAAUACCUGAUACUCUUGGAACUUCUGGCAGAUCUACUGGUUUUGGAUAUGGUAAUAAAUAUAUAUGUCCCUUGUAUGUUUAAAGAAAUGCUGAAUAAAAUCCACCUCCAGAUGCUUAUUUUAAUUAAAAAACUAAAUAACCUACAUAAUAUAGAAAAACAAAUUGGUCUCAAAGAGAUAGAUUCAAAAUGUCACAUACUCUUUAAGGACCUAGUCCAAACUCAUAUGAAGUCUCAUAAAUCAUUGGUUCUAAUAAGGUAAUUGAUAUAAUCUAUUUCCUUUUAUUUUUAGCCUGCUUGCACUAUUGGAGCUAGAAUCAAACCAUUAGCUACAUUCUAAGAAAAAGUUCCUGCUUCCAAUACAUAUGAAAUUAAAACCUAAAUCCUUGAACCUUCAAGAUUUAAUAAGAUCUCUCUUGGUUAUGGAAAUAAAUCUGAUUUCACCAAAAAUGAUAAAAUUCCUGGCCCAGGUGCUUAUGAAUAACCUUCAGUUUUUAAAAACAUGUCUACAUCCAUUUUAAAUAAUGGAACAUUAAGAACAAAUGUUAUGAGAAAAUGA